CGUGUGUUUCUGGUUCACCGCACGACCGCAAACAACCUCCGUUUUCCGUGUUUUUCCUCGCCAAAAAUAAAAGAAUUCAGCUUUUCCAGGAUCGCGGUUACAGGAAAUUGUGUGUGCUGGUGGAGUGCGUUUUCGAGGGAGCAAAGAAUUUUGGUCACAAAUCGCACGCAUCGAGUAGCAUCGACAGCAGCAUCAGCAGCAGCACCAGCAACCAAGUGUAGAGGAGUGAAAGGGGGAGGGGUGCCAAGAUGGAUGCGGUAAAUCUUGGGCUGGACGAAACGGAGCGCGAUAUCGCGGAGGCGUUGGAAAAUUCGUACGAUACCCGCUCGGAGGCGUCGGAAGCCUCGCAUCCCAGCAUCAGCUCCGUGAGCUCGGACGAAUCCGACUCGGCCGACAGCGAUGCAGGGGAAGGGGGCGAGACGGUGGCGGCGGCCGAGAAGCCGGAAAAAGAGGGAGUGAAAAAAGCAAAAGCUGGCGAGACCGGCGCUAACAAAGAGGAUGCCAGCGUCGCGGAAACUGCGACAAUUACCACCGCGAAGGGAAAGGCCAAGAAGGGCAAUAAAAAACAACAGAAAGUGUCCGCCGGAAAUAACGCAAGCGGUGGCGCUGCUGGCAAAAUCGUGACCGCGGCAGCCAAAAAGCGUCCUGCGGCUGCGGCGGAAGAUGAUGACGAGGAAGACGAUGAGGAGGAUGAGGAGGAGGAAGCCGAUGACGCCGCCACCGAUAAAUCCCGUGCCAACGACCAACACAAUGACGAUGGCGAGGAAGAAAAAGAGGACGACGACGAUGAUGACGAUGAGGACGAGGACGAGGAUGAGGAAGACGAGGAUAAAAGUGAUAAGCGCGAGCGACGCAGCAAGCGGAUUAAGAAAAGUCCCGCUGCAACGACGAAGGCGGUGAAGGCCACAGCCGGCGAGAAGAAAAAGCCAGCAGCGACGGUUGCCAGCAAGAAGAACAAGCAGGAGGCGACGACGACAACGACGGCUGCUCCGCCUGCUAAGAAAAAGAAAGUGGCAACGGCUGCCGAGAAGAAGGCUAUGGAUAAACCACCGGCAACAGCAACGGUGGUUGACAGCGGUGGACAACAGAACAAGAAAAAGAAACAAUCAAAGGUGGCCGCCAAAAAUGGUGGCGCUAAGAAGGACACGGCCACCGCGAGUAUCAAGAAAACCAAGGCCGAGGAUAAGGAACCAACCACGACCGAAGACGGUGAUACGCUGGUCGAUGGUAACAGCGCGGUGGCCACCGGCAACGGUGAGACAAAGGAUGAGACAGCUGCGAACGAAGAUGAAUCGGAAGAGACGGCCACGGCCACGGUCACGAAAACCAACAGUAACAGCACCACCAGCAUCAACAACAACAAAACGGCUGCAAGCAGCUCUGCGAGCAGUAGCGACAACAGCAGUGACAGCGAUAGUAGCAGCGAGGACGAUAAGAAUGACGACGACGAUGAGGAGGAGGACGAUGACGAUGAUGAUGACGACGAUGACGACGAUGAGGAAGAUGAGGACGACGAUAAAUCCCGUAGCCGUAGCCCGGGCGCAAAGGAUACGAAGCGUGCGCGUAACAAAACGGCGACCAACAGCAGCAGCCCCGGCGGUGCCACCGCCACCGGAACGAAGAACUCGGUCAAAUCGUACGACUACGUAACCAAGAUCAAUUAUCUGUUCCGCGAGACGCGCUUCUUUCUGAUCAAAUCUAACAACCACGACAACGUGUCGCUAUCGAAAGCGAAGGGCGUCUGGUCGACGCUGCCACCGAACGAAGCCAACCUGAACCAGGCUUUCCAGGAGAGCCGCAACGUCAUUCUGCUCUUCUCGGUAAAGGAAAGUGGCAAGUUUGCCGGUUUCGCACGGAUGGCGGCCGAAGCACGGCGUGAUCUACCGGCCGUCGACUGGGUGCUACCACCGGGCAUGUCCGCUAAGGCGCUCGGUGGUGUGAUCAAGAUCGAUUGGGUCUGUAAACGGGAUCUUCCGUUUACCAGCACGACGCACCUGUACAAUGCCUGGAACGAUGAUAAACCGGUCAAGAUUGGGCGCGAUGGGCAGGAGAUUGAGCCGAAGGUAGCGGAGGAACUGUGCCGUCUGUUCCCCGAGGACACCAGUAUCGAGAUGACGCCGAUCUUGAAGAAAUCCAAGGAAGCCUCGAAGCUGAUGAAGGAGAAGGCAGCCUCAAAGUCCUUCCGGCGGCCACCUAACUUUUCCCGUCCCAGUUCGUCGUCUUCUUCGAUGCGAAGCCGUAGUAGCGGCAUUGGUGGCCGUCACGAUGGCGGUGGUAUUGGUCCGAUGCGACGCGGCGGAAGACGCAUGUACCCGGGAAGCAGCAUGAAGGGUGGCAACGGAAACGGAGGUGGUAGUGUAGGAGGAAGCGGUAGUCGUAGCCACAGCAGCGGGCUUAUGUUCGCUCCGUAUCGCAAGGAUCAUCGUCACCAGGGUGGCGGUGCUGGACGUCACGGUGGCCACAGUGGUGGUGGUGGAAUGGGACGAAUGUCCGGAAUGGGCGGCGUUGGUGAUAUGGGUGGUGAUCGUGGUGGCAUGGGACGGGAUUCCUUGGGCCGCAUGCAUCAUCCGUCGCAUCGUUGGGAUGGUUACAGCUCGACAGCAGCGGCCGCAGAGGCGUAUGUGGCCGAUUAUAUGCGCAACAUGCAGAACCAGCUGCCACCGAUGCCGUACGCACCGCCACCAGGCUUCCCUGGUAUGCCGAUGCCGUACGAUGGGCUUCCACCACCGCCACCGCCUCGCUACUACGAAGGAUUACCGAUACCGGAAUACCCGAUGGCACCGGGAUCGAUCCCGGGCAGUGUGACCGGUGCGUCCAUGUCUGGACCAGGGGGACGGCAUGCGGCAGCCGCUGCGGCGGUAGCUGCCGUUGCCAUGUACGACAAGCGUGCGUACGAGCAGUCGAUGGAGGAAUUUAUGUGGAAAUCGGCCAACAUGGGUGGCAGUGGUGGCGUUGGUGGUGGAGGAGGCGGAAAUAGUGGCAAUAUGGGUGGCAGUGGCGGUGGUAGCGGUAGCGGUGGCGGGCUCGGCAGCGUCGUUAGUGGUAUGAUGGGAGGGUCCGGUAUUCCGACGAUGAAAGGACCACCGCCCGCGAUACCGAGCCACGGCUACCAUGUGCCACCGCCUGCCAUUCCUCCCAUGCAUCAUCAUCAUAUGCACCGGAAGAACGAUCGUGGUGGCGAUUCAUCCUCGGCGAUGGAUGGCCGUGGGCAGCAGCGUGAUCAUCGGGAUCGAUCAAACCAUCGCAGCGAUCGCAAUCAACAGCAGCGAGGCGGUAACGGGGGCAGUGGUGGAGGACGUGGGUAUAACAAUCGCGAUAGGCGAUGAUUCGCAGCUUCUCCAACGUUCCGUUAUUCUUCGCCUGGCCGCCGAUAUGAACACUAGGAACGGACACAAACACAACUAUCAUCCAAGUACCAAUCAUCAGUGUAUGAUGCACCGUUCCCAAGCGACGAUCAAUACCGGUGACCAGCCUCUCCACGAUCGUCAAGCAUCGUGCACACUCUGUCUGCUCUAUUUUUAGCUCCAGAAUCCCACCCCAAACGAAGCAGGAGGAAGUGUUCUGGAAAAGUGCAUCACAACGCGCACAUAACAUCCGCGAAUGCAGCACUGAGGAUCAGCACAAUGACAUCACCCCUCACCGAGCAGCUGCAUUAUCAUCAUCAUCAUCAUCAUCAUCACCAUGUUAAGCUGUCGAAACCGCAUCCGGAAGCCAUGAUUCCGUGAUGAUCGGUGUUGACAGACUCCAGCAACGGGGAACGAGUAUCGGGAAGCAUGCGCGUCGAGCGUCUGCUGCCAUUGGCGGAGUUUCUGCCGGGCUCGAUCGGCAUCGCCCGGCGGUUGUCUCGACAUCCGCUCGCUCCUCUGGUGCUUCUGUGUUUUGUGGUCCCUUUUAUUUAUUUACUGCUCCUCAACCCCCCUUUCUUCCCUCUUCUCAUUACCUUUCUUUCUCUCUCGAAUGUUGUGCGCGAGUGUGUUUCGCGGGUGUAAUGCCGGUACGGCAAUAUGGCAGUGUGAUGAUGGCAGUGAUCGGGGCGGGCUGGCGGCAAGGUGCUUGAUUGUGGCCGAUUUGCGCGCGCGUGCGGGUGUGAAUUCUUCAGUGGCGUGUGCGUGAAAAGCAGAAGAAGAGCAGCAGCAGCAGAAGCGCCGGCAUCAGAAGGAGAAGUAGAAGAUAAAGAAGAUGCGGAAUGUGAUCUCAAGCUCUCGGUGGUGUUGUCAGCGACGUUUGUAGUAGAGGCAGAGUAUCGCGAUGAUUGCGGCCAGAGGAUGAUGAUGAUGAUGAUGAUGAUGAUGCGUACCGCAAAAGAUGCGUGUGUCUGGUGGUUUCGUGAAUAGUGUACUACGAGUGUUACGAGGUCGAUAAUAAGUCAUGCUUUUGGACUCCCUUAGUACGAUGGUAGGCAGAAUAAAAAGAAGAAUAAAUUCGGAUCGAGGCCUGCUACGGCAGUGAAAGCGAGCACAUGCUCUACAACUUAACAGCGAAAGGACAUUGUGUCGCCAUCCAUUUGGAUCGCUAAUUAAGAAUCCUGUAAACCACGUGCGUGUGUGUGCAAGUGUGUACCGUUUCGCAAGGCGCAUACCUGAUUAAAUAAGCGAAAAGCAAGAAACACAGAAAACAAGUUCUGAAACUCAACUUAAUUUAUAUGGACUUCAAUUAAAAUGCUAGGCAUCAAACUACCUAUGUACACGCAAUGGGUUGGUUGGAGGAAAGCAACGAUUAGGCAUAGCUCCGAUAUCAUACCCUCACUCCGAAAAAAACAUCUUCACCGCUCCACCACCAACCCCGCAAAAAGGUGAAACACGAUCAGACGAUGGCAGUUACUUGAAUAGAGUAGCGAAAUAGCAUGGUAACGAUAAUGCAACUAGUUUUUAAAAAAUAACGUGCUCCCCUCAAGCCCAUCCCCCCUACCGAUUAGAAUCAGACCGAUGGACGAUUUAAGAUAUCGUGAUAAAUUUUAUUAUUUUCUAAUCAACAUCUAAAAGCAUCAAGAAAAAUCGAACGAGCGUGGUAAUUCUUACAAGUGUGUGCGUGUGUAUGUGUUUGUGUUUGCGGCGUGCGUGUGUUCUACGUGUAGUAUCUAAGACAAAGUACUAAGAACUUUGAAAUUAAAUAACGGCUAAUGCCGCUACGUUGUUAGGCACAAUAAAGAAGUGAUCGCCACACAGGCCAAUGAAAAUGGUUGGUUAGGAAUAACGACGACGACGAUGAUGAUGAUGAUGGCGAUGAGAGUUAGGCAUACUAGAUUAGUAAAGCUACUGCAACUAAUGCGAAGAUCACGCGCCAAACAGAUGAAGCAUGAUCGCUAACAACUAAAUACACACAUACACGUAGCUAUUCACAUCAAAAUAGGCAUAGAUAUAUAAAACACAUACACACACGAAAGCCACACACGCGCCUACUAUAGAAAAUCAAACGAAAUCGAUGCAAUCGGUGGUGUCCUGGCGCCUCCGUGGCGUCCGUAUAAUCGCGCUGGGCGAGCCGCAAAUCGCAUACGAAAUGAACAUUCUCAUGUGGGGCUUGGUUGCGCAAUAUAACCACCCGUUGAUCCUCUGAUGCGAUCCGCUACCGCUGCCCAUGCCCAUGGCCAGGCCAUGCCGGCGCACGGCUAUACACCUAUGAUACACCGUAUGAAUGUAUUCAAUAAAGUUUGAACAAAAAAAAUAAUACCAGCAAGUAAACGCAACCACAAAAGCAUGAACUUUAUGCCGUUGUAGGCACAAUUGAAUCUGCAAAAGUGAUCGAGUAGUGUGACAGGUGCUGUUAGUGUACGCGUUCGUGUGCGGUAUUCGGCAGGAGAGGAUCAUCCUGCCGCGCUUCUACUGCACACUAUUUUAGACAGUAUUAUGCGGCUGUGUGAUUUUUCGUGUCAGAAAACGGAAGUAGCAACAACAGGGCAAUAACAGUGUAGUGUCCUUCGCCCAGGAUCCUGGCGCUGGAGAGCCCAAACCAACGACGGUAGAUUUGGUGAUGAAAUAUACGAGACCGUUCACCUUUUCUGUCGUCGUCGUCGCUUCCGGCAAGGGUAGUGUUGCUGAUCAACUUUAGAAACGAUGAUCAGUCGUUCAGGACGAAUGAAGGCUUCUCCUAGGUAUCCGAAUGAAGCCCACCGAGAAAGAGAGAAAAAGUGGUGUACCGGAAACCGCACAAGCGGAAGCAACCAACAGUGCAAUUCUAUUUGAAAAGUGCAAUAAGGACAUUGCCGGCUUGCUUCUCCUGAUACCUGCUUCUCCUGAUACCAACUGCCUACGCUCAGGACAGUGCGAUCGGCAAAACGUGCGGAGAAACUUCGUUUUUGAAGAGAUAAUUGCAUAACAUCAUUGGUGUCAUUGCAGCAGCAGCAACAACAACAAUAUCGCCAAAGGAUACACACUUUGAAGUCCUUAAUCAUCAUCAACAAAUGGUUUUUUCCUAAGCCUAGUAGGUGCUGCGCGUGAAUCUUCAGACGAGAAAACCACUAUGAUAGAGAUGCUGAAAUGGGAAACGCUUCAAAUGCAACGCUUGCAAAUCGGCAACGUAUAACGAUCGGAAGAAAAGGCGAAAGAGGAUUUUAAAACGUUUCGUGUAUUUUGAAUUAGACUAAUUAUGGAUUCUAUGAAUUCCUUCCAGCGGGGAGUAGAAUGCGACACAUGUUUACACGACUAUUGAAACUACUUUCUAUGAAAGAGUAGAACGUGCGAUUUUUACGCACAUGGUACCUAAUGGAGACGCGUUUUGUCGUUGAAGUUCUCUAGAAGCAUCUAGAAACAACGAUCCCCAUGAGCCUAAAUUGAUAGUUAGCGAAAGGGUAUAGAACAGCUGGCCAGGAGAAAAAUUGUACAACAAAAGAGGAGAACAUUUCUCAGCGAGAAAAUCAUAGAAUGUCAGGCACGACGGUGCCAAAUCCCCUACGAUACAUCAAGGGCCGAUAUGGCCAACAUGAGUAUUACAAGAUAGACGAGAGAACUUUUUAUAUCUCCUUGUUUCCAAACACUGCAUUUGGAAUUGAAAGUGCCUAUAGUUUUGCUCUGCGCUUGAUAGUGUUAAAGUUAUAGUUUGGGGUCUUGCCGAAUGUCGACGCCACAUCGAAGUACAAGUUCCUUAACCCUACUGGUAGAAGCAUAUCAAAAGUGGACGCCACUGUUGUUGUAAAUGUAUUCUUUGAAUUGUAGAGAAGCAACAGCCUGCCAAUGUCCGAGCCCGGAGGUUCAGAUGAAGAAGACUGCAUCAGCGCAAUCCGACAGAGCCUGUAAAAAAGAGUUCACUUUGUGACUAUCCACCGACAGACGACUGGCGUCGAUGUUGCGGUACUAGCGACAUAUAUUUAUUUAUAUAUACAAACAUAUAUACAAUUAUGUGUGGACCGUUCUCUAUUUGCUAUUUAUUCGUCUUGUCUGUGUGGUGAGCUGGUAAUAGCUGAAUUAUAAGAAGAUGGGUCAUCGAAGAUCGUAGUAUUGAGCUAGCAGAAAGGUGAAACACUAGCCUUUAUAGCUCUGAAACUUCCACUGAAAACGUAUGGCAUUUAAUCGAAACGCCGUAUGUAACAUACAAUUCACAUCGUCAUGCUAGACGCCUUGAAGUACAAUCACUCUUCAACAUCGAUAAUCCUGGAUACUGGACUCGUAGAGUUGCAUCAUUGCGGUUAAACUAGCAAGGAAGUUUAAAAAACAACAGAUGACAUUAAAAGAAUGCUGCGAUUGAUGACAUAAAACAUGAUACGAUUUAAGGUAUUGCUUGCAAGUAAUGUGUUUGAAGUUAACGUUCUAAGAGGUAACAAAAAGAUUGAAAUUGAAGAAAACUUUGUCUAUUUUGGUUCAAAAGUAGGACCCUGACAACACAAGAGAUUCUGGCUAUUGUGCU